CUCGCCGAUGUGCGGGUCUCAGUGAGCGAGUGUCAAGCCUCAGUGAGACGUUCAACCCCGCCAAGAAUGUGUGCCGCCGUUCCGUGCCCGGGAAAGCUGGUGUUUGUCGCGUGUCUACUAGCGGCUAGUGCCCUCAGUGUCGAUGUGGAUGCGCCGGCACAAAAGCCGCACUCAAGACAACCGCGUGCUUUGGGCUUUUUCCGGAAGAUAACGCACAUCGGCUCGCUGCUCUACCAGCAAUACAAUGACACCACCUACACGCUGAAGAAUGUGUACGAUCUGCUCAGCAAUGAGUUCACCGACACCUUCACCACGACGACCCCGGACCCCCGUACGACGUCAACGACUCCUGAUCCGAGUACCAGCACUACGCCCAAGUAUCGCAUUUCGAGAGCUGAACUGGGCCGCAUUCUAAACCGCAAUUACCGCGGUCUUCAGAAGCUGUUCCGGCUGGAAUGGAACGACGCGUGGAACCAAACCAAGUACAACAUCGAUGACUACAAGCGCGAGUUGAAGAACGCCGCAUUCCCGCCGCGGAACAAAACGGCCAGCUCGGUCAACGUCACUCUGGCGGUGGACGUUACCGCGGACCUCAAGAAACCCUAGCCUUCCGAUGGGUGACACACUCUUCACUGUGAUAUGGAACGAUUCCGUCCCGAGUCGAUGGGAACACAAGCAGUCUCGCACGCCCCACGAGCUUGCACGAAAGACUUUAGUGUAUGGUUACUGGUGUCCUUUAGCAUCCUGAGGGCUUCUGCUCGCAGGGCUGCUAUUCUGUGAAUAGACGUAGUUUUAGGGCUGCGGCAUGUGGCAGCAACGGGUACAUAGGAGAUGUUUGUGGUCUAGCGGUGGUGUAGUUAGUUUGGUAGACUGUAAUCAUCGUGUAGAUAUCAUGUAGAGCGUGCGAUAGCACGCUGCAGGC